GCGUAUUUGGGGUCCCGCAUGGCGUCGGCCCCGUCUGGGCUCGGGGCCCGCCCCCUGCUGCAGUAUCUGCGGCUGGUGGGGCAGCUCAAGAGAGUCCCACGGACCGGUUGGGUAUACAGAAAUGUGAAAAAUCCAGAGAGUGUAUCGGAUCACAUGUACCAGAUGGCAAUUAUGGCCAUGGUCACCAAAGAUAACCACCUUAACAAAGAUAGUACUAUGAAAUAGGUAACCCAGCUUCUACCAGAGGACCUCAGAAAGGAGCUCUAUGAACUUGGGGAAGAGUAUGAGACCCAGUCUAGUGCAGAAGCUAGAUUUGUAAAGCAGCUGGAUCAGUGUGAGAUGAUCCUUCAGGCAUUUGAAUAUGAUGACCUUGAGAAGAAACCCGGAUGGCUCCAAGAGUUUUAUGAUUCCACAGCAGGAAAAUUCAGUCACCCUGAGAUAGUCCAGCUUGUUUCAGAACUUGAGACAGAAAGAAAUGCGAACAUAGCUGAGGCCACCAACAAGCCUUUCUUGUGAGUGCUACAUUUCUGUAAUGUUUUAUUUCUGUUUCAUGUCUUUUUGCUAUUGUUGGUCUGCUGAUUUCUCCAGAUAUGAGUGUUUAUUUUCAGUUGGCACAGAACAGGAAGUCAUAUGAAAUACCAUGGAUGAAGACUAGAGAGGAUACUUCCUUUUUUAAAGAACUAAAUAAAUAUUAAAUAUCUUGAA